AUGGAGAGUAGCGGCCAUACGUUGGACCUCGACGCGAUUAAGCGCGAGGCUCAGUACGUACAAGAGGAGCCGCCGGAGCAUAGGUGGAGGGAUCCGUUGACGGGUCAACCAACGCAAGAGCAGUUGGUACAUGACCUUAAGGAACGGGUUAGUCAAUUGGAAACGGAGAAGGCGCAGAGUUUAGGGUCGGCGCCUAACGACACGUCCGCGGAAGCGCCCGCGGCUGCUGACGAAAAGGCAGCGAUGUGGAACGCCCUUCCAAGUGUUCUACCAAAAUUCGCGUCGACAAGAGGGUUUUCAAUGACGACGAGGAAAGCAGCAGCUGCUGCUUCUUCCAAACCGGCAGGAAGUAGCAAGACUGAGCUAGAGAAGUCUAAGAAAACCGCCGGCGUAGAAAAAGAAAACACCAAUAAAAAGGAGCGUGUCGAAGAAAAAGAAAGUGAGAGUGAAGAAGAAGAGGUGGACGAGUUACAAGAGGAAGAAGAGGAACCGUUGAGGUUCGUCGAGGUUAAGAGAGUUGGACCUCCUAAGAAAAAGAAGAAAGUAACAUGGUCAGAUUCUCAACCAACGGCGAAGCUUACGCCGUCCGGAACUCUACCUUAUGUAGACGUCCCUCCUCUUUCAACUAAACCUUUAGGUGCAUUCAAGCCUAAAGUGAACAAGGAAGAGGAGAAAUCUUUUGAGAAAGAACGAGAAGUAGAAGAAAAAGGCGAACCUCUACCGGAAAUCGACCGGCGGGGACCAGCCUAUAACAAACGCGCACCUGUAGAACAAAAUGGUGCGGCAAAAGCGAUCGUCAACGAAUUGCUUGAAGUCACCGUACCGGUGAACAUCAAGUCGCUUAUGGGGGUUUCGCCAGAGGCAAGGGAAUACCUCAAGAACCUCCUGACUCGGAAGCGAGUACCGACUAGGGAAGUCCCUAUCCCUAGAGAGACUGAAGUGUUUAAGCGUUUCUUUGACGAUCCGCACGAAGUUAAGCGUCUACACGUUGGCUUACAAUGGGUAGAAAAUAGUGAGGAAGCGAUGGCAAAAGCCGAAGCAGUGGUUGAACAACGGGCCCUAGCCGAAAAGCAAAACAGGGACUAUAAAGAAGCCUCAACUUUGCGACCGGCGGUCCGAACUAUUGCAGAAAAAGGAGAUGAGAAACCAUUGGGGAGUAUCACUAUCUCUGACCCGGUGGAACAAUAUAUGAUUGAACUGGGUACUGAAGCUAAGCCAGUUAUAGUGAAAGCUGAAGAGUCGUCUUCGUUGAGGGUCAUCUACCCUGAAAUCAAUGGAGCCAUGAAGGAAGAGUCCUUAUUAGACGGCGGUUCGACAAUCUGCUCAAUGCAUGAACAAGCCGCAAAAGACCACGGCCUUACUUGGGAUCCGGCGGUGACGAGGAGAACCUCCUCCAGAGUUAAAGGCAGAGUUGGACGCCAACCGGCGGUCUUUUCAGAACUCGAUGAAUCAUCAAUAGAUGUAGGAGAGCUUGCAGUCGUCUUUGAACAGACAGCUUCUGGAGAGAUUAAAGUCGAAAAGGUGUUCCAGUCCGGCCAUAAAAGUGGAAAGUUCAGCCAAGAAGACGUGAAGUUAAUGUUUAUUCAAGAAGCAUUAACUAGGGAAGUCGAAAACAAGAAAGCCGCUAAAAAGGUCGAAGCUUUCUUGCAACAAGUCAGGACAGGCAAAAGAGACAAAUCCGUCGGUGAAGUCAUGAUGUUAGAUACUGUGAUAAAACACUUCGAACAGAUUUAUCAACAGUUAAAAGAGGAUAUCAUCGAGGAUUCUGCCAAGACUUCGUCAACAACCUCCAGCGAGAACAAAGACGAAGUAGUAGCAGGGAACCCUAACGCUAAACCAAAAAUUAAGGGUGUCUCUACAGGAAAGAAGUAUAAGAAAGUGGCAGAUAAAGUAAGACACCCAUCUUGGGGACUCUAG